UAAUUUCGAAACAACUAAAUAUCUGAAACAACACGCACAUUUUAUGUUGACCAUGAAACAAACGCUCCCCCUUUCUGCUGUCAGCUGUGCUUUACUUAUUCUGUAUCUCAUACAGGAAACCAUGGACUGUUCAACAAACUGGCUAACGGAAGACUUCCCGGAAGAAGCGCUGUCCUUAAAUUAAACAACAAACCUUGGAGCUGGAGAAGAGGUUCCUCUACACUUUAGAGUAUGUACUUGACUCAAGAGCGCCGCCUAGAAAUCGGCUGCUGUGUGCACCUGACCGACAGGCAAGUCAAAAAUAUAGUUCCCCAGAAUCGCCAUGUAAAAUGGAGAAAUAACCUACGAAACGAGAAUCCUCGAACUCUAGCACGGUUAUGAGUUUUCCUCAUGACGAGAAUUCCAGCAAAAAUUUUUAUAUUGUUUUCUUUAUGUUUUUUCUUCGAGAUUGUUAUCUGAUUUUCGAGGAUGAAAUCAGUGUAUUUUGGGGGAAACAAUAAUCAUGUGGUUCAUUUACCAACGUAUGGAAUGUAAACGAUUGCUCUUUGUUCUCGCCAUAUGCCUAGACAUAGCCUAUGUUUAUGUUAGCACCGAGCAUUGUGAAAAAUAUAGGGCCUAAUUGAAGAUUAUAUAUCAUAUUUAAAAAUUUUUUUAUUAUUUAAUCGUGGUAUACAUUAUUCAAGAAUCAUGUAGCUAAAAGGUAGGUCUACGUUUAAAUAUUUCGAAACUGUACCCCAACAGGCGCUUUAUUAAAAAAAACAAAAAAACAAAAAAACUCAAAACAAACAAACAAACAAAACAAAACAAAACUAUAGGCCUAUCAUUGGCUGCUACAGCAUAGGCUUCUUGUAUCUAUCUUGAAAAUUCCAAGGCCGUUGAAUUAUGAAAUGAAUUAUGAACGACAUAAACCCUCGAUGAGACAGGCAAAAAAAUAUAAUUCUGACAUAAUGAAUGUGCUUAUGUUUGUGUUACACAUACGCCUACAAUGUUGCUUUUUUAGUGUGUGUAUAUUUUGCCUUUGAGUUUACAUGACAUUUGUUGAGUUUCGCUGUGAGAACAUAGUGUUUUCAAUAUGUAAUACGUUCUAGAUUUUUAAGUCAUAAAUUUCGUUUUGCUAUGAAGUUUCCCGUUCUCUCUGCUGGAACCUAUUUAAACAUAGCUGCUACUUCGGCGAAUGGCCACAACAUGGACACCGUAGUAUUAUGGCGAGUUUAGUCCGCUUUUGUGACAUUUUAUUGCUGGCUACUUUAUGAGGCUCGUCACUUUUCUGAGUGACUACCCUCAGUAGAGACUGGAUGGAGGUAGGAAUAAAGACGUUCGGAUUUCAGGCGAUGGAAAACAGUUAAUUUUUGGUAUGCGGUUUCAAGUUAACACAGGUAAGGUGCUAUUCUGACAUUACUAGUCUUGGCUGUUACAGAAAAAUGCAUGUUGUUUGAUAGAACAAGGCAGUACAGAUUAAAUGAAAGACAAUGCCGAUGAUUUGUUUAGAUAACCUACCAUUAUUUGUUUUUUGUCUGAAGAUUUGAACCAGACUGUCGAGUGGUUUAGGUAGUUUCAUGUUGUUGGGAUUGUAUAAUUAAACCCUGCAACACGAAACUGUCUUAAUUGCCCCAGUUUAAUUCGUCAGUAACCUACGAUCUUUUUAUCUAGCGGAUACCGAAAAUCCUUUAAAUUUUACAUUAGAUUUUAAGUUUACAGUAUUAUUUUUUCACUUGUACGAAAUGCAGCUGCCUUUUGAACAUAAUCGCCAUGAGUUGUUUGUUUUUUGUCGCUCUGUUGUUGAACCACGCUGAUGGCAGACACGGAUUUGUUCAACUCAAUGUAGACAGUACUUGACAAGGCCUCGGUUACGUCCAAUACACCGUAAUCGGCCACGUCUGCUGUAAGCAACAGCGACCUCGGUGGCGUUCCACUGAGCUAAAUAAAUUGCUUUCCUGGCUUCCGCCUAGCGCCGUAUAAGUGGCUGAACACAAAAGGCAAAAUUGGCUUUAUUGGUGGCACUUCAGUACAGUUAAAGGGACUAAAAUGCAUGAAUAGCGCCUAUGGUAAAACUCGGUUGUGUAACAAACACCAUAUCUCAGUUUACGGCAUCAAAGGGCCAUGCUGCUUCUUUUCUCUUUUUCUCUCUCUUCUUUUUUGACAAGUAGUGGCGUUUCCUGCUGUAAAAUCCUUCUGAAUGCCCUUCUGCUAAUCACUGGUGGACCACUAAACAGUGUGAACAAUUAUUUAAUUAUUUUUAAAAAGUAUAUAUGUACUUAGGGUUAUGUCUGUUGAAAAUACACCUGAUUAAAAAAAAGGUAGAAAAACAGUAAUUGGGCUAUUUGUUUUAACUUGAGUGUAUUACGCAUUUUGUUUUUGUUUUUUUGUUUGUUGUUGUUUUGCCGUUAAAUAGGCUGUUAAAAGUGUAUUUUUGUUUUUUAAGGCUACCAUUAUUUAGGCUACAUCUAAACGAUACAUAAAUGUAAUCCAUUUAUGGCCAAUGAUUGCCGAAUAAAACGUACAACAACAACAUUUAUUAUUAUAAUUAUAUCAUUUAUAAUUGUUUAAAUAUCAUAUAAAAUUAUAUAUUGUUUUUUAAAAAUAACAAUAACAUGAUAAUAAUAUAACAUUGCUACUACUUUACUAUAUGCUGUUAUUUUUAUUUAUAGUAUUAGCAUUAAUAAAAGCUCUUUCAUUUUUUUUUAUAAGUGAUCCUCACAUUUUCUGUACCAAGUCACUUUGAAUGUUAUAAUAACCAUUUUGACUUUAUAGUCUGUUCGAUCGAGUUUAUUGUUAAUAUAGGCUAAUAGUUAAUAUAAUGUAUAUAAUGUAUUAACUGUCAAAUUGUAUUUUUCCAUAUUCAUGGCGUUCUUCAGGAUUUAAUACCUUGUUUGAGACAUUUAAGGCUGUUUGGCUAACGUGCAUUUUGUUUUGUUUUUUGUUUUUUUUUCCUUUUCUGUUAUUAGUUUGUCUGAUAUGCAAUUUACAGAUAGCCUACAGAAGAUUCUGAAUAAACAAUAAGUGAUAUCUUUUGGCCAACUUAAACUUUUAUAGUUUUAUAUUCUCAUUCAUAUGGAACAUUUUGGAAUAAUGUACUAUGCUAUGUGAAGAUUAUAUUUGAAUGCAUAAAAGACACACAUUUAUUUAGAUAGUAUAGUACGCUCAAAAAAUUAAAACUUUUUAAGAUUUACGCAAUUUAAUUAAUAUCAAAAUUGAAUUGAAUAAUCCUUAUGCAAUUUAAUUAAAUAACUGAUUAAGGAUUUUUCAAUUAUUCUAUUAAAUUGCGUAAGGAUUGUUCAUUUCAGAUUGAUGGAAUGUUACUAUUUAAAUUGCGUAAAUCUUAAAAAAAAGAGUCAGUUUUACAGCUUGCUGCUAACCACCAAGUGAAAAUAUAAAUGAACAGAGUUAGCUAAUUCAGGUCGUCAUGUACAUAACAAUACAUCAAAACAUCAGCACUGUAACCAUUUUAUUUUAACAACCGUGUAACUAAUCCCUCUACAUUUCUUUGGACAGCAGUGUCAGUUUGAUUACAUUUCUGGCAAUGCCUCCUGCCCAUGACUUUUGUCAGCAGAAAGAAGUGUUUAAAUUUUGUAGAUAUUUAUUUUUUAUCAUAGCUUAUUCGAUUGAUGUUUUUACAGAAAAAGUAGAGCUUAAUUAGAACAAAUGCAAUCUUUUUUACUUUUUUUUUUUUAAACAGAAAUUCCAUUGAUUUUUUUGAUUUUUUAUUGUGCUGUCCCAAUGGUCACGUGUGUACCUCACCCAAUCAAAUGGCAGUUUGCUCUCAACUUAUUAGCUGACUGGGGCUUUGUGAGGGGGAAGUUGCCUCUCCAUUUUCACAGAUUGUUAUUUUGUGAGCGUGUUACUGUAUGUGUGUGUGUUAAUGUUUUUAUGUGUGUGUGUAUGCAUGAGAGUGCGUCCCUGCCAUGUCGACAUCUGGAACUCUGACAGGAUACUAUAUUGACUCUCUUGUUAUGCCGGACAACGAGGAGAAUCGCUUCUCCUCAGGUUCAGGGCUCAUUCAGCACAGGCCCUCCGUUCUACCCACAGAUCAUACAGAGCUCGGUCCCUGCACAUCCCCGGCAAAGCAACCCGUUUAUGGUGGCUCAGGUUGGGGCCACAUCCCAACGCAUUUCUCCAGUGGUGUACCGUCAGUGUAUCAGCCGCAUACACAGCCUCCAGUAGCUGGGGAUUACGUACAGUCUUGGCUUUUGGACUCUGCGUUUGGGCUGCCCUUCACUGAGCUACCGACGAGAAAGUAUCUGGCCGGGCUGCUGAGAAGGGAGGCGAUAUCGAGGAGAAACCGGGCGCUCAUCCAGACCUUAGAAGUGUUCAUUGACUGCUUACCACAACUUCUAUUGACACACCAGAUUGCUAUGGACUGGAAACACGUCGACCGGAUUCACUCGGGUGGACGAGUGUCAGCUCUUGUGACCGCCAGCUACUCUGGAGGAGUGCCCAAGAGGUCUCGCACCGCCUACACGCGCCAGCAGGCUCUUGAGCUUGAGAAAGAGUUCCACUUUAACCGAUACCUGACUCGACGUCGACGAGUGGAGAUAGCGCACACAAUGUGCCUAUCUGAGCGUCAAGUGAAAAUCUGGUUUCAGAACCGCCGCAUGAAGUGGAAGAAAGAUCACAAGCUGCCCAAUACAAAGAUCCGUUCCUCGAGCUCUGCGCCCUCCAACCAUCACGUGAAAACGGAUGCCACUCAGCAGCAGCAAACGCUGCUUCCCACGCCGUGUUCCUCGAACCUAUAGUGCUAGAAGCAAAUCGACACAGACGGAACUGAACAAGAAAGAAGAACACAUUGCAGUAUUAGGAUCGGAAUUUCACAGGGUCACUUUUUAUUCAGUGUCCGACGAGGCAACCUAACUUCGCCUUCCCAACCUCUUCCUCCACUCUAAUUUGAGCUGGAAAUCACAUCCUUCCUGUAAAAAUAGUUUUUUUCUCCCUUAAAGGAACAAUAGUAGAAUGUACUUUAACUUGGACAAUGGACCGUUACGUUUUCUGUCUUUAACCGAGGCAUACCGAGUCUUGUUUGUGAAGAUCAACGCUAUAGUGAUGCGUGUACCAAACUGACAUUUUAACAUGAAGGCACAAGUAUAGGAACAAUCUUCCUGGAGUAGUUAUCUUAUUUGUCUUAGUUCCAUAUGUUAGUGUAUUGUUAACUGUAUUUACGUCAUCGAAGCUGUGAAUAUUCGUGUAUUUGGUUAUUUGUAUAUUGGUGAAUGAUGUCAAGUUGUUUUAGUAAGCCUGUAUGCAAUUGUAGGCUACCCGUGGAAAUAAUAAAUAUGACUUUAUUGUGCAUUA